GCCGUCGCUCCCUAUGAGUAUCGAGCUAUAAGGGCGUCUGGCUAUAGUCUUCCGUCCUGCUGGUGAGAAAUGUGACUGGUCUAAAUCAAUGAGUUUUAUAGUGAAAGUUCCUUCCGCGUUCCUAAUUAUAACCUCAGUGAGCGUCAUGUGCCAAUUGGCCAAUUACACCUUAAUAAAUGAAUGUGUCUACGGACAAGUGCUGAACAACACUUGUGACUGUUAUAGUGGGUUUACCGGUGAUCGAUGCAAUCAGAAAUGUCCUGUGGAUACGUUCGGGAAAAACUGCUUACAAAAGUGUGAACCAAAGUUUGAGCACCAAACCUGUAACCACGUAACCGGUGCUUUUGAGUGCAAUCCAGGAUACGAAGGACCACAAUGUGAGCAGCGUAGUAGCAAGGAUCCUGAGGUUACCGAUGCCAGCCCUGAAUCGAAAGAGCCUGCUGGAGAGCAAUAUUCCAAGGAUGCGACGACUUGCAAUUCUUCGCUUAGUUUGCAGGAUUGCAGCAAAUUGAACCAGAAAGUUUGCACCUGUGAAGGAGCUUCGGAAGCUACUCCGCCAUAUUUAAUCCUAGCCGCUAGUGUGAUUGGUAGUCUCAUUGUUAUACAAAUUAUUCUUAUUGGUGUUGUCUUCUAUUAUAAGAUUAAAGGGUGUAGGGAAGCCCCGGCGCCACAAAACAACGUAGUUGAGUUGGCUCAUUUGAACUCGAAUCAAAGGAGCGCUACUCCGAAUAUUUAUGCGUAAAAGUACCAAUACCAAUUUCUCGAAUUUUAAUACUCCUCUAGAUACAUUGUGAAAUUAACAGUUAUUGAAUGAACUGCUCUGGUAGAAAUAAGGAUAUUCAAAAUUAAAAUAAAUAA